AUGGAGGUGGUGUUAAGGAUGCUCCCAGUGAUGAAGAUGACAGUGAUGAUGAAUAGGAUAAUAGAGGUAAAAGAGAUGGAAAAGACAGCAGUGUCCAUGAUGGUGGCAGGGAUGGUGGUGAAGAUGAGAGAGAUAGACAGAGAUGGCAGUGAUGGUGACAGGGACUAUGAGGAUGAUGGAAAUGACAGUGGUGGCGACAGUGAUGAUGAGGAUGAUAAAGACAGAGAUGACAAUGAUGGUGAGGAUGAUAGAGACAGAGAUGACAGUGAUAGUGAGGAUGGUAGAAAUGAAAAUGACAGUGAUGGUGACAAUGACGGUGAGGAUAAUAGAGACAGAGAUGGCAGUGAUAGUGAGGAUGAUAGAGACAGAGAUGGCAGUGAUGGUAACAGUGAUGGUGAAGACGAUGGAAACAGAAAUGACGGUAAUGGUGACAAUGAUGGUAAAGAUGAUAGAGACAGAGAUGUCAGUGAUGGUGACACUGAUGAUAAGGAUGAUGGACACAGAGAGGACAGUGAUGGGAACAGCAAUGUUGAGGGUGAUGGAGUUGGAAGUAGCAGUGAUGGUGGUGAGGAUGAUGCAGAUAGUGAGGAUGUUCACAGUGAUGGUGGUGAUAAUAGCUCAUACCAGGACAAGAUGAUUUUCAAACCCCAGGAAGAGAACUCAGACCCUAGUAAUUACUGA